UUUAUUUAAAAUGGAAAUAUAAACAACGGUGUGAAAUUAAAUAGCUUUAUAUUUCUCCCUUCUACCUUCAUUUCUCAAUCUCAUUAUUCAAAUUUAAGUUGAAGUAAUCAAGAAGUGUGAAUGCAAACAAAAUGGUAGAGGGAGGAAUAAGCAAAGCAGAUAAAACAGAGUUUACAGAGUGCUGGAGGUCAGUAUGGAGAACUCCUUAUAUUAUGAAGCUAGCUUUCUCAGCUGGCAUUGGAGGAUUUUUAUUUGGUUACGAUACCGGAGUUAUUUCUGGGGCGCUUCUCUACAUAAGGGAAGAUUUCAAAGAAGUUGAUAGGAAGACGUGGCUACAAGAAACUAUUGUUAGUAUGGCUGUUGCUGGUGCAAUUUUCGGUGCUGCUACUGGUGGUUGGCUUAAUGAUAAGUUCGGAAGGAGACUUUCUAUUCUCAUAGCUGAUGUUCUCUUCUUUGUUGGUGCACUCGUUAUGGCUCUUGCACCAGCUCCUUGGCUGAUCAUCCUUGGAAGGAUAUUCGUUGGUUUGGGAGUUGGAAUGGCAUCAAUGACAGCUCCGCUUUAUAUAUCAGAAGCUUCUCCUCAUAAGAUCAGAGGUGCUCUUGUUAGCAUGAACGGUUUACUCAUUACUGGAGGACAAUUUCUUUCGUAUCUAAUCAAUCUUGCCUUCACUGAUGUGAAAGGAACGUGGCGUUGGAUGCUUGGUGUUGCUGGACUUCCAGCAAUUAUUCAGUUCUUACUCAUGCUUGCCCUCCCUGAGUCUCCAAGAUGGCUUUACAGAAAGGGUAAAGUGGAUGAGUCGAGGGAUAUCAUAUCUAAAAUUUAUCCAGCAGAGGAAGUAGAGAACGAGAUGAUGGCAAUGAAGAAGUCGGUUGAAGAAGAAAAGGAAAUCGAAGGAUCCAUUGGAAGUAGCACGUUUACUCAAAUCAAGAAAGCAUUCGGAAACACAACAUGUAGAAGAGCACUGUAUGCUGGUAUCUGUGUUCAAGUGGCUCAACAAUUUGUGGGUAUCAACACUGUUAUGUACUACAGUCCAACUAUCAUGCAAUUUGCUGGAAUUGCAUCUAAUAAGACUGCUGUGGCAUUAUCACUUAUCACCUCUGGUCUUAACGCGAUUGGAUCCAUAGUCAGUAUGUUAUUUGUCGAUAGAUAUGGUAGGAGGAGACUCAUGAUCAUCUCUAUGAUUGGAAUCAUUUCGUGCCUCAUUGUCUUGUCAGUCGUCUUCUUCCAAGCAUCUGCUCAUGCACCAGCAAUCAGCGGUACUGAAACUGCUCAUUUUGGCAACAACACUUGUACAGCCUAUGCCAAUGCCCCAAAUCCAGCCUCUUGGAAUUGCAUGAAGUGUUUGGCUAAAGAAGCUGAGUGUGGAUUUUGUUCAAACACCAAUCUGUAUGCUCCUGGAGCAUGUAUAGCAAAAACAGAUGCAUUAGCAGGAGCUUGCAAAGCAGAGAACCGCGUUUGGUACACAAAAGGUUGUCCAAGCAAGUUUGGGUUCUUAGCAGUUGUUUUCCUUGGGUUAUACAUCAUAGUAUACUCACCAGGUAUGGGAACAGUUCCUUGGAUUGUCAACUCUGAGAUUUACCCUUUGAGAUUCAGAGGAGUUGGUGGAGGCCUUGCAGCAGUUUCAAACUGGACUUCAAAUCUAAUCGUUAGUCUAACAUUCUUGACGUUAACUGAACAUCUUGGGUCCUCUGGCACCUUCCUCUUAUUCGCGGGGUUCUCAUUUCUUGGACUCAUAGCCAUCUUCUUCCUCGUUCCUGAAACCAAAGGGAUGCAAUUUGAGGAAGUCGAAAAAUUGUUGCAGAAAGGAUACUCUCCUUUUAGAAAGAACACUAGUUCUACUACUACUAAAGAAGUCUCUGACCACACAAAAUGAUAUUCAUAGUGUUGUAGAUCAAGAGACCAGUAAUUUAUUUUAUUUGCAUUGCUUUUUCACAUAUGUGAUUCUGUAUCAUACUUUAUUCGAUGAUAACUGUUUGAUCUUAAAAGAGGAUCUUCUAUAGUUCCACUUUGUGAUCAAACUGUAAUAAAUUAAACGAGUUUUGUUGCUUUGUCAUUUUAUUAAAUUUGGAAAAUGAAUUCAUUAAGUUUA